AUGACUUCCACCAUGAUUCCCAGGAAACCCCUGCCACAACCGACUCAGGCGCAUUUGAAAAAUGGUCCGGAUGCCAGCGGGAGCGUCCCCCUAGAGCAUAGACCGAAUGUACAUACGUACCACCAGGAUGGCCUUUCGGACCAGCAGAAGAAAGAAACGGCAAUUGGGGACGACUCGUCCUCCAUUGAAGAAACUAUACCCCAUGACCAUGGGCUCGAGGAGAGGCAGGAUGCAGUCAGAGGACAAGUCUUUGCGGGCACGACCGGAGGCGGCCUUGGUUCAGCAAUUUCUCGUCGCCUGGACAAUUUCCUACCCCCGCAAAAAAGAUACUUCAACGACCGGAUCAGCCGCCGCACACUACUCAUCAUUAUCGGCAUCGCAUUCCUCUGCCUCCUGGCGCUCAUAAUAGGUCUCGCAGCCGGUCUGUCGAGUGGUGGAUCCAGUGGCCCCGCCCUACCUUUACCUGGAGGGGCGCAAACCUACACUGGUGACCUAACAUAUUACAAUCCCGGCCUUGGCGCUUGUGGAGGGACUUAUGGCGACAAUGAUGCGGUCGUGGCAAUUUCCCAUUUCCUCUGGGACAAAAACCAAGUUGGCUCCAACCCCAAUACCAAUUCUUUCUGUGGGAAGAAGAUUCGUGCCCAGCGUGUGGAUGAGCGGACGGGCAAGCUCGCCAGUGUCGACUUGACUGUCAUUGACCGAUGCACUGGUUGUAAACCCACCGAUCUCGACGUCAGCCCCGCCAUGUUCAACAAGCUGGCCGCUCCAGCCUUGGGCAGGGUCAAUGUAGAAUGGGCUUGGUUGUAACCAUGUCAAUUCUUUUCUUGAGGGUUUUAUGAUUUUAUUCUUUUACGCGAAGGAUGAUGGGUUAUCACUUAUGAUUUUUAGUUGAUCGCCAAGGAGAAUGGGUAUCCCUUCUGAUUAUAUAUCGACAAACUUGAUAUAUAAUUAGAAGGGAUACCCAUCCUCCUUCGCGAUAAACUAGAAAAUCAUAAGUGAUAACCCACCAUUCUUCGCGCAAAAAGAUAAAUCAUAACAUCAAUCCUUUUUGUAUAUACUUUUGACCGUGUCUCACGCGGUUUCCACUGCAAUCGCCACGUUCAAUCUCGCAAAACUUCAUCCAUCAUGUAUAUACACCCAAAACUCUUGAUACC